GGCGCUGUGCGCGCCACGACACGCCGCGUAGUACCAAGUCGAUGGAAAACCCACUGCAUGGCAGCGGCCAGCAACCGAGCCCACAGCUGCCUGGGUACCUCGCCUCGCCGGUUGCCGCCGCGCCACAACAGGCGUGCACCAAUCCGAUUGCUCCGGGCCUCGGGGCGAUGAGCUGCCCACCGCCGGCGGCCGCGGUGGACUGGGCGUCGCUGCUUCUCCCGUGCGCGCCGGGGUCGUUGCACGUUGGGACGACGAUGCCGCAGCAGGCGGUGGCGGGCGCGGGCGCGGGCGCGGGUGAGGUUGAGAGCGGCGGCGGCGGCGCUGUGGUGGUGGCUGGGGGUUGUGGGGGUAGCAGUAGUAGCACGUCUGGAGAUGGCGACAAGGCAACGAGAGCUGGUGGUGGGAAGGGCGGCGGGAGGGGGAGGAAGAAGGCAAGCCAGCCGCGGUUCGCGUUCCAGACGCGGAGCGAGAACGACAUCCUCGACGACGGCUACCGGUGGAGGAAGUACGGCCAGAAGGCCGUCAAGAACAGCGCGUAUCCCAGGAGCUACUACCGGUGCACGCACCACACGUGCAACGUGAAGAAGCAGGUGCAGCGGCUGGCCAAGGACACGGGCAUCGUGGUGACCACGUACGAGGGCGUGCACAACCACCCGUGCGAGAAGCUCAUGGAAGCUCUCAGCCCCAUCCUCAAGCAGCUCCAGCUCCUCUCGCAGCUCCAGUGCAGCACUAAUCAGCUCAUCUGAGCACUGUUGUAACGAUCUAUACAUCUGACACUCACAGCAUGCAUGGUCAGCGUGAGCUAAUGCAAAUUUAAUUACUGUCCAAAGUGUACAAAUUAAACACACUGUCUAGAACGGGAAGAGAAGGAAAAUGGCUGUCCUACCUCCCAAAUACACAGUUGCUGUUGAUCUUAUAUAUUGGUACGGUGUUGUGUACUCAUCACAACCGGUUUUAAAACAAAA